UAUCCAUGCUCUGUUGGAAAUAGCAAAAGAGAAAUGUCUCUUCAGAGUUCAGCAGUCCCGUCCUCUUCUCCUGCUCAAGAAGCAAGCCCGGUCGCUGAACGCCCAUCAGCAAUUUUUCAUCCAAGCAUAUGGACUGAUUACUUUCUCAAAUAUGCUUCUGACUCCAACUCGAUGAGCUCCCAUGGCCUAGCAGAGGAACGGAUUGAGAGAUUGAAAGGAGAAGUGAGGAAGAUGUUGACAGGUGCUUUGGAUAAGCCUUCGCAGAAGUUGAACUUGAUUGAUCAAGUCCAACGCAUGGGAAUUGCCUACCAUUUUGAACUUGAGAUAGAUGACCAGCUGGAACAAAUUCAUAGAAACUAUUUUGAGCUUCACCACGGUGAUAACGAGGACGACCUACACACCGUCGCUCUUCUGUUUCGAUUGUUUCGACAACAGGGUUACAAUGUUCCCUGUGAAAUCUUUAACAGGUUCAAGGACAGUGAAGGGAAUUUCAGCAAAUCGAUCAUCGCCGACGUGCAGGGACUGCUAAGUUUAUAUGAAGCUUGCCAUCUAAGCUAUCACGGCGAAGACAUGUUGGAUGAGGCACUCGCUUUUACUAGAACUCACCUUGAAUCAAUUGAUAAAAUAAAAGCAAGCCCUAGUCUCGAAAAACUAGUGAGUCAUGCCCUACAUCAACCAAUCCACAAGGGUCUGCCAAGGCUAGAGACCAGGCGUUACAUUGAAUUCUACCAAGAGGAUCCUUCGCAUAAUGAAGUCCUGCUCUCCUUGGCUAAGCACGAUUUCAACUCAUUGCAAAAGCAAUACCGGAAGGAACUCGGCAACCUUACAAGGUGGUGGAUCGAUUUAGAUAUAGAGGGGGAGUUCCCAUUUGCUAGAGACAGACUUGCGGAGCUGUAUGUCUGGAUGGUAGGAGUUUAUUUCGAGCCGGAAUACGAGAUCGCUAGAGCAAUAGUCACCAAAAUGCUGGUUUUUCUUUCCAUUCUCGACGACAUCUACGAUGUCUAUGGUAAAUGGGAGGAACUAGAGCUCUUCACGGAAGCAAUUCAAAGGUGGGAUGAUGAUGCCAAAGAAGGAUUGCCAAAGCGCAUGCAAGUAUUCCACAAGGCGCUUCUUGAUUUCUCUGAUGAGAUAGGCCACGAAGUGACCAGAAGAGGGAAAUCAUACCGCCUCUUCUAUUUUAAAGAAGCGAUGAACAUCCAAGUGAGAACAUACUUGGCCGAAGCCAAAUGGUUCCACCAAAGCCACGUACCGACAAUGGAGGAGUACCUGCCCAUUGCAUUAAAUACCAUCGGCUGUGAUCUGACGUAUGUGACAUCGUUUCUGGGAAUGGGAGAUGUUGUAACAAAAGAUGCUUUCGAAUGGGUAUACCGCUACCCCAAUAUAGUGAACGGUGGGCGAGCAGUCGGCCGGAUCAUGAACGACGUUGCCGGACACAAGUUUGAGCAAGAGAGAGGUCACGUGGCUUCUUCAGUGGAGUGUUUCAUGAAACAACAUGGAGCAACGGAGGAAGAGGCGAAUGAGGAGCUGUGCAAACUGGUGGUCGAUGCAUGGAAGGACAUGAACGAGGGGCUGCGCCAUCCGACCGUCAUCCCCAUGGCGGUCCUCAUGCGAGUUAUCAAUCUCGCACGAGCCACACACGCUGUAUAUGAAGAUAAAACGGAUCACUACGUCAAUGCUGGGACCAAUUUCAAAGAGUUCGUGACUUGUCUGCUCGUCAAUCCAUUGCCAAUGUGACGUGAUGGGUUGGAAGAACAAGAGUGAGUGCCGAGCCGUCAUUGAUUGCGUUAGGCAGCUUCGCGUACGAUUUGAAUUGUGUGUUGUGUUAACCCUUAAGCAUUGCUCCUCUGGCCUUAGAGCCCCCUU